ACAAGAGAACAGGGCUACGAUGAAUUUUAGUGCUGGUGAUUGGAAUGGUGCCAGAAGAAGGGUCGGUAUUGGGAUGCCGAGAAAUGGGAACUCGGCUAGGGUAAUUGGUCGAGAGAACAUUUCGCAUGGGACGAGGAGGGCAUAUUGUCCUUCCUUCUUGGUAUCCAAGAACUCCUCUUCGGGAUAUCACUUCCAUUCUGAGGGCUAUCGAAAGAAGAAGCGCUCGCUUGGGAGAGAGCGAAGGCCAACAACUUGAGAGUCCUAUACCACAGGACCGGACUGUUCUUGAUCCUUCUGACUCUACAUCAGGUAAAGUACCAAAGAUAUUGCUCGAUAUCACUUAUCAGAACGACUCGGGAGACUCCGAUGGCCUCACACCAGAGAGAAAGCUGCUGCAAUCAAUUGACAAAGUUGAGAAAGCAGUGAUGGAAGAACUGCAUAAGUUGAUGAGGACUCCCAUUGCGAAGAAACAAGAAAGGGAAAAAAGAGUUGGGACUUUGAUGUCCAUGCGCUGAUUCACAAUUUGAUAUCUAGCUAGCUCAAUCAAGGUUGAGGCACCAAAGGCUUCUAAAUUUUGGAGGAAAGAGCAGCCGACCAGUGUGGUGUAUAGUUGAUCAUCUUCUGAUGAUCAAGCUGUCAGUUGAAUUAGGAUACAUUUCAGUCCUUAUAGCAUAUUAUCCUUUUCUAGAAUAAUGCUGAAGUUUCGUUUGCCUGUUACAACAUUGAAGGUUACACGGUUGUUUGAACAUGUACAUAGUAGCUGAAUUUGCUCUAUAGUUUAACAUUGUUACCUUUUAUGAUAAG